CAAUCCAGGACAAUCCGCGUACACGCCCCGCUAGCCGACAAGUGUUUUUGCUGCUGCUCGGUGCUGCUUCGAGUGGCUUUGUCAUCGCUUUGCGUUACGCUUAUGACAUUACUUCCCGAGGAGUUUGUUUAGCGUUCAACGCAGGACAGCCCGUCAUGACGACCGAUUUCGAAUGGCCGUGGCAGUACAGCUUCCCCCCGUUCUUCACACUCCAGCCGACGCUGGCGACGAGGGAGAAGCAGCUCGAGGCGUGGAGCAAUCUGAUUCUGAACUACUACAGGGCACACAAAGCCUACGUACUCGACGUCGCCGAAGCCCUCGCAUCGCCGCUGUUCCACAAUAAGGACAUCUCUCGAAAGUUGUCGGCGGACUCUCUCCAGGAGGUCCUCAAAUACAUGAGUUCUCGAGGCCAGGUCGCCUGGACGGAUAAGCAGCAGACGCGUUGCUACGUGUACUGGCGAUCGCCCGAGGAGUGGGGGAAGCUGAUCUACGACUGGGCGGACGCCACGGGACACAUGAACUCCGUGUGCACCUUCUACGAGCUCGUGCAGGGAGACGAUACGGCCGACACCGAGUUCGCUGGCCUCGACGUGGACCUGUUGCGGUUAUCCUUGCAAGCGUUAGAGAAGCAAGGAAAAGCCGAGCUGAUAACUUUCGAUGGCAGCGAAGGCGUCAAGUUCUUUUAAUUGCUCCGCUCUUCGCUCGACGUGAAGUAUCGGCGUGCGAAUAGUGCCCGAGGCAGGACACCGCACGCUUUUCGCCUACCGUGCCAGAGCCUGCUUCGCCACUACUUAUGUG